AACUUGGCUGUCCCAUAAUAAUUAUCUCACCUCUCAACCCCCUUUUUUUAAAAUUUUUUAAUUAAAAAAAAAAUUUGAAGCAGUCAACGUGUCCAUUUGUAUCGUCCCGGCUUCCACCAUCUUUUAAACGUUUACUGAAAUUGUCUAUGGUGGAUCUGAAAAGGCUUGAAUUCUGUAGUCUCUGCGAAUCAUAAUCGGAUCUCUGCUAGCUUUUUGCUUCUUCGUAGCUAUUCUAUCUUAUCAGUUGGAGAUAGUUAUGGAAGAUUCACAUCCCAAGUCCGAGUUAUUGAAGCAUUUUCAAAUUCCUAAUUAUAUAUUGCUUUCUGAACCAAAGGUUGAGAAGGUUAUCCAUGUACCUGAAUGCCCGGUGUUAGUGUUCAUUAACUCCAAAAGUGGUGGCCAACUGGGUGGUGAUCUUCUUAAGACUUUUCGGUCUCUGCUUAAUGAAAAUCAGGUUAUUGACUUGGAUAAAGAGGCCCCUGAUAAAGUGCUAAGCCGGAUAUAUAUGAAUCUGGAAAAGCUCAAGAUCGAAGAAGAUAAAUUUGCUAUUAAUAUUCAGGAUAAAUUGAGACUAAUUGUUGCUGGGGGUGAUGGAACUGCUGGUUGGCUUCUUGGAGUUGUUUCUGAUCUGAAAUUAUCCCAUCCGCCACCGAUUGCAACAAUGCCAUUGGGAACUGGAAACAAUCUUCCAUUUGCAUUUGGCUGGGGGAAGAAAAAUCCUGGGACAGAUACACGCUCUGUGGAGUCAUUUUUAGAUAAAGUAAUGAAAGCCAAGGAAAUGAAAAUUGACAGCUGGCAUAUUCUCAUGAGGAUGAGGGCUCCAAAAGAAGGUCCAUGCAAUCCUAUUGCACCUCUUGAACUACCACAUUCUCUGCACGCAUUUCGUCGUGUCUCCGAGUCAGAUGAUUUGAACAUGGAAGGCUACCACACAUUUCGUGGGGGAUUUUGGAACUACUUCAGCAUGGGAAUGGAUGCACAAGUAUCAUAUGCCUUUCACACUGAGAGAAAGUUGCAUCCAGAAAGGUUUAAAAAUCAGUUAGUUAAUCAGAGUAGUUAUGUUAAGAUAGGGUGUACACAAGGCUGGUUCUGUGCUUCUCUGUUUCAUCCUUCUUCCCGGAACAUAGCUCAACUUGCAAAAGUGAAGAUAAUGAAGCGACAUGGUAGCUGGCAAGAGCUUAAAAUACAUCCAAGCAUUAGGUCAAUUGUGUGCCUCAAUUUGCCUAGCUUUUCUGGUGGACUAAAUCCUUGGGGAACACCGAAUGGCAAGAAAGUCCGUUACAGGGACUAUACUCCGCCAUAUGUAGAUGACAACCUUAUUGAGGUAGUUGGUUUUAGAGAUGCUUGGCAUGGACUUGUUUUGCUUGCUCCAAAUGGGCAUGGGACUCGUCUUGCACAGGCCUAUCGAAUCCGGUUUAAGUUUCACAAAGGUGCAACUGACCAUACGUUCAUGAGGAUUGAUGGCGAACCCUGGAAGCAACCCUUACCAAUUGAUGACGAUACUGUCGUUGUGGAAAUUUCCCCCCUUCGGCAGGUGAAUAUUCUCGCCUCUAAUGAUUGUAGGGCUAAAAGUGUUCAUGAGCCCUCAACACCUAGUAAUCAUGAUGCGGAAGAAUAUGAUAGUAAUGAAGAAGACUCCGGUGAAGGAGGGGAAGAGUUCAGGAAAUUUGGUGCAGCAGACACUUUUAAGCUCCCAGAUACGGUCGAUAUUUCCCAUCUUAGUUGACCGCCCAUUUAAUAUUCCUAAUUGGUUAUUUAAUUUUUAAUAAAUAAUUUGCCCCUUAAAUUUUAGGCCAUAUUAAUUGUUCAGGAAUCAGAUUGGUAAUUGUCAUUUAAGUAUUAUUUGAUUUUAGUGGAUGGUAAAUAUGAUAUAGCAGUACCUUUUUCAAUCUUUAA